AUGACGGAAACGCUUCCCCUCUUUGACCUAUUGGGAUCUUACAUCGAGAUCGACGGCUGGAUCAUCGUCGAUAUCAACCCAGAAACAGGAUCGAUUCACCAGAACGAAGACUACGAGUUGUCAGCUGAGAGUUUCCUCGCCCAGUUGAGUAGGAUGCAAAUGCCGCCAUCGUUGCAGAUGCCAAUUCCAUCGACGGUCGGCGAGGUGGAGCAUGAGAGCGAGACCAGGACGACAAAUCACGAAGGAGUGAGGGACGCUAAAGGAGGCACAGGCGAAGACAACAGAGCAAAGGACACGAAUCACGACGGUGGUUUGGCAACAAAGAUGAAUGGUUGUACCACUUCCCACACACAUCUCAAGAUUGGUGGGGAACCAACUUCGGCUCGCCAGAGGACAGAAAGGCAUUGCGCUGAGAUCACGAGUGACCUGACUACGUCCUCGGACAUAGACGAUGAAAACCAACCGACUACGAAAGAUACCCUCGAAGCAGAGAACGGACGAGACACUCCGGACAGUGGAGACUUCGGUUUUAAUGAUCCCCCUCCCAAAGAUGGAAGUGGUAGUGCGCACACCGACCCUGACUUCGUACAUUCAUCUUCUGAUAGUGCAAGUGAAUGGGUCUUGGGAAGUGGGAUGGCGGGGUUGAGUGUCAGUGAUUCACUCUUCAUGGUGGAAUCGAAACGGGCCAAGAGUCUGAGUACUGAGGAUGGUAGAGCCGGUGAGGGAGUCGCGAAGGAAAGCGAAGAUGUUGAAGAGCCAGCAGGCCAUGGAAAAGCAAUCGGUGACGGUAUUAAGGUCCCGAAGGAUGAUGAAGUUGUUACUGGGACGCUUGAAGAUGAAGGGGAAGAAAGCCAAAAGAAUGAUGAAAUCGCUAGCCGGGGUCAGCGGAGGAAGGAGAGGAGGAAUGUGAGUCUGGCUGCGAGUGCAACUGCCGUCAUGCUUGCUGCAAUUUGGCUAAUGGAGAGGAAAUACGACUUGAGUUAA